AUGAUACAGGUCAAAGUAUAUAGACAACAGAUCCAACCCACCUCAACCGCCUUCCAGAACAAUCACCAGCCUACCACACCAGAGAUCGCAGUAAGACCAGACACCUCAGCAACCAAGAUGCCUGCCUGGAACCCAGACAAAGACAUUCCCUCCCUCGCCUCCAAUGUCAUCCUCAUCACAGGCGGCACAGCUGGUCUCGGCUCCGGCUCCAUCUCAGAGCUAGCCAAGCAUGCACCAGCCCAUAUCAUCUUCACAGGUCGCAACCAGCAAUCCGCCGACGCCUUGAUCAAGAAGCAGUCGACCGCCACACCAAACGUGAAGGUCACAUUCAUAAGAUGCGAUAUCUCCUCCUUCGCCUCCAUCGCCACCGCUUCGGACGAAAUCCUCGCUCAAAUCUCUCGCCUCGACAUCGUCAUGCUAAAUGCUGGCGUCAUGGCCGUCGACGCCGCGGUCUCGGUAGACGGCUACGAAAUCCAGAUGAUGACGAACCACCUCGGCCACGCCCUCCUCAUCCGGCGCCUGCUCCCGAUACUCCAGCAAACAGCCACCACCCACGGCGAUGCCCGCGUAAUAAACCUGACAAGCGUAGCCUAUACCCAAGCCCCCAAACUCGGAAUCGACUUCGCCACGCUCAAGACUCCGCAGGAGAACCAAGGCGGCCUCAUACCAGGAGGCAAAUACCCUAAAGCAAACUAG